GAAGUAUGGAGAGACAGCUAAUGAGUGUGGAGAAGCCUUCUUUUUCUAUGGGAAAUCACUUCUGGAAUUGGCAAGAAUGGAGAAUGGUGUGUUGGGAAAUGCCUUGGAAGGUGUGCAUGUGGAAGAGGAAGAAGGAGAAAAAACAGAAGAAUCUCUGGUAGCAAAUAAUGAUAACACAGAUGAGGAAGCAAGGGAAGAGUUGAGAGAACAGGUUUAUGACGCCAUGGGAGAAAAAGAAGAAGCAAAAAAAACAGAAGACAAGUCUCUGGUAAAGCCCGGAACUGAUAAAGAACAGGAGAGUGAAAUGGAAAAGGGUGGAAGAGAAGAUAUGGAUAUAAGUGAGCCUGCAGAGGAGCUACAGGAAAAAGUUGAAUUGAUUCCAGAUCAGUUAAUUGAAACCUCUGAAGAGGCAAAAGGAGCGGCAGCACCAGGAGGACUAAAUGAAACUGAGGUCAUUUCUGGGAAACCAGAACAGGAAACACCAGAUGCUGAGGAAGAAAAAUCAGUUUCUGAAACUGAUAUCCAAGAGGAAUGCAGAGAAAAAGGAGGUCAGGAGAAGCAGGGAGAGGUAAUUGUGAGCAUAGAGGAGAAACCAAAAGAAGCUUCAGAAGAGCAGUCUGUUGUGGCUCUAGAAAAGCAGGGUGCUGAAGUGGAGGUAGAAGCAGAGCCUGUAGACCCGACAGUCAAGCCAGUGGAUGUGGGUGGGGAUCAGCCAAAGGAGCAGGUAGCUACUUCUGAAAAUGAGACAGGAAAGGCUGUUCUUGAGCAGCUGGUAGGGGAGGAAGUGCCUGCUGCUGAAGAGUCACCAGAGGUGACAACAGAGGCUGCAGAGGCCUCAGCUACGGAGGGUGGAUCAGAAGUUUCUGAGAAGCCUGGGCAGGAGGCCACAGUUCUUAAGGAUGGUGCAGUCAAUGGACUGUCAGCUGCAGGAGAUCAGACUCCCGUUGAGUCACAGAAUACUUUAGAAAGACUGACAGAAACAAAAGAUGGUUCAGGACUAGAGGAGAAGGUGAGCACAAAGUUGGUUCCUAGCCACGAGGAGGCUAAGCUGUCCAUAGAAGAGUCUGAGGCAGCUGGAGAUGGGGUUGAUACCAAGGUAGCCCAGGGAGCUACUGAGAAAUCACCUGAAGACAAAAUUAAGAUAGCUGCUAAUGAAGAGACACAAGAGAGAGAAGAACAGAUGAAAGAGGGUGAAGAAACUGAAGGCUCAGAAGAGGAGGAUAAAGAAAAUGACAAGGCCGAAGAAAUGCCACACGAUUCAGUUCUUGAAAACAAGUUAGAGAACUAUAUCCAAGCUGUGGAGGAGUUCCAGGCUUGCCUAACCCUGCAAGAGCAAUACCUGGAAGCCCAUGACCGUCUCCUUGCAGAGACCCACUACCAGCUGGGCUUAGCCUAUGGGUACAACUCUCAGUAUGACGAGGCAGUGGUACAGUUCAGCAAGUCUAUUGAAGUCAUCGAGAAGAGAAUGGCUGUACUAACGGAGCAGAUGGAGGAGGCUGAAGGAUCACCUACUGAAUACAAGAAAGAAAUCAAGGAGCUGAAGGAACUACUGCCUGAAAUUAGAGAGAAGAUAGAAGAUGCAAAGGAAUCUCAGCGUAGUGGGAAUGUAGCUGAAUUGGCUCUGAAAGCUACUCUGGUGGAGAGUUCUACUUCAGGUUUCACUCCUAGUGGAGGCAGCUCUUCAGUCUCCAUGAUUGCCAGUAGAAAGCCAGCAGACGGUGCUUCUUCAUCAAAUUAUGUGACCGAUAUUUCCCACCUUGUCAGAAAGAAGAGGAAACCAGAGGAAGAGAGUCCCCGGAAAGAUGAUGCAAAGAAAGCCAAACAAGAGCCGGAGGUGAAUGGAGGCAGCGGGGAUGCUGUCCCCAGUGGAAAUGAAGUUUCGGAAAACAUGGAGGAGGAGGCUGAGAAUCAGGCUGAAAGCCGGGCAGCAGUGGAGGGGACAGUGGAGGCUGGAGCUACAGUUGAAAGCACUGCAUGUUAAGAGGGGGCAGAGCCUUCCUCCCAAGGGAAAGUGUUUUUGUAUAUAAUGUAUUUUUUCACUUUUGGGGGAUUCUUUUUGUAUAACUUCAAUAAAGAUUGUAAGCAAAGGUU